GUCUGACUUACAUUAACGCGUCACAGUCUUUACGUUAGAUAAUAGAAUGAGUUAUGAUGAUGAGUCUUCGUGUACUUUAAUAAAUCUCUUAAAGCUGAUUGAAGUCUCUUAGAAAGACUUUAGAACUGUUCGAGUCUCUUUUUUUUAAGUAUUUGCCAUUUCCAAUCUCGAUAACUAAUCCUUUUAGAAUCUCAGACAGAAAUGAUAUUGCAUCGGUCACCUCUGUUACUUAUAGGUGAGAUUCGUGUAAACGAACAGCUGGUACUUACCUGCAUGCACACCUUGAUGGCGCGAGAACAUAACCGGCUUGCCAAAGCGUUAGCUAUCGUGAAUCCGCACUGGGACGAUGAGAUUCUCUUCCAGGAAGCUAGGCGCAUCGUCAUCGCGGAAAUCCAACACGUCACUUAUAACGAGUUCCUCCCGAUAUUACUCGGCAAAGAUGUCAUGGAGAAAUUCGGACUUCUCCUCGAGAAGGAAAAUUACUGGGAUGGAUACGACCCAAGCAUAAAUCCAGGCGUAAUAGACGCUUUCGCCUCAGCUGCCUUUAGAUUCGGCCACUCAUUAUUACCCACGGCUGUGGAACGAUGGAGCAAAGCUCACAAAUUUAUUGCUUCAAAGAGACUCUCAGAUUUGAUAAGACGCCCUUACGAUUUAUAUCGGGCCGGUGUAUUCGACGAAUACUUCAUGGGCUUGAUGAACCAAGUCGCUCAGGCUAUGGACGAUUCCAUAACGCAAGAAGUGACGAAUCAUCUCUUCAAAAAGGUGGGGGCAAAAUUCGGGCUGGAUUUGGUAUCCUUUAACAUGCAACGCGGCCGCGAGUUUGGUAUUCCAAGUUAUAUGGAGUUCAGAAAGUAUUGCGGCCUUCCCGAAGCGAACACCUUCGAUGAAUUGUUUGGUUCCAUGCCGAAUGAAACCGUCAGGCGAUACAGCACUAUUUUCGAACAUCCCGCGGACGUCGAUUUAUGGUCGGGCGGCGUAUCCGAAAGACCGCUUCCGGGUAGCAUGCUCGGGCCAACCUUCGCCUGUCUGAUUGCCACGCAGUUCAGUUAUUCGCGUCGUGGCGACAGAUUCUGGUACGAGCUACCGAACCAGCCGUCGUCCUUCACUCACGAACAACUGAACGAGAUUCGAAAGACGAAGCUUGCCAGGUUGAUCUGCGACAAUACCGAUCUUAUCGAUACGAUACAAAUCUAUCCGAUGGUCCUUCCCGAUCACGAAAUAAAUCCUCGAGUCCCAUGUCGUAGCGGUAUUCUACCCGGCAUCGACUUGUCGAAAUGGGCCGAAUUCCCGACGACGAGUCACGCCACGCAAUACGUGAGUAAUCUAGCAGACCCGUACGGGCAGUUGGGGAAAUAAAGGAGGGUCUGUUUCACCAAUCUAGAUAUAAACAGAGUGCCCCUAGGCGAACACCACCACGUAACCAACCGAGCCACGAGCCAAGAAGCCCAACCCUUAGGCACUAUAACACACGACCACCCCGUAGGCACGCACGUGUUGAAGUAGAGCAAACAGACGCGAUAAGUCAUGCUUAAGUCGAACGAAUUGAUUAAGUCGUAGUGCGACAAAGUUGGCCAAUGUCAGUCAUACUCGAAUCGACAUUUCGGGCGGUUCACGAUACCGAUUCGUAAACUACGAUUCCGAUUUGUGACACUUUUGACAAUAACUCGUAGAUGUCCUGUUGCAAUUGGAUUGUAGAGUACUGACAGAUCAAUUAAUCGAAGGUAACACGUGACGUCGAUCCUGGACCGUUCGCAAAGUUACAGGACACCUUUAGCUUUCACAGUGAUUCUUAUCAACAGAAUGUACAUACAGCUUCUCACUACAGCCUAGUAAAACUGCAAGCGUGCGUUAUAUCUCGUGCACACUUGCAUACAAAAGACAACAAGAAUUCCACGCGUAAUAGACACGCUAUUCGAAAUAGAAUGCUAUUUAUAUGUCGAGUUUUAGUUUUGAUAUUAAUCUUCUCUCGUAUACGAAAGUUAUUUAUGUGAUACAACAGUUUGAAUGUGCCGUGUAUGACUGUACAGAUUUCAAUCGGAUUUCCUCUAACGUGAAAGCUUCAGAAUUUUCUAUCAUUAUUUUAUUUUAUUUUAGUGUAAUAUAAAAAAUAUAUAAUUGAUAUGCUGAAGUGUCUGUAAGCUGCGCUUCAACUCGCGGAUGAGUUCAUUCGAAUAUCUCAAUGUCUAUUGUAAAAUUUUGUCAUAGUUUAUAUUACCUUAAGUUAAUCAAGUGUCACACUUGCAUUUAGUAUUUCAUUACCCAAACCUUCAGUAAUAUAAAUAGCCACGACUUCUUUUUUUUAUAAUACAUUCAAAAUAAUUUCUUUCGCCGCUAUAAUUAUUUUAUUUUCGAUAACAUUACGUCCAAUCAACCUUACCACUACAGUACGCUCUUUGUACAUAGUAAAUUACAACCAAGUCGAAUCAUUCCUUGCACGUAACCGUCUCUUGCCAUCUCCUCAGCAUCGCGGACACCUAUAACACUCAGCAGUGCUUAAUAUCUAGUCCUUUCAAUAUAUAUUCUUCGUGGAGUAAAUACCCUUUGAUUUCUCGAUUGAUCGUAGCACACUGAAAAUAAUCUACUCCAUAUUCUGUGCCUUUUAAAGUACAGAAAAAAUAUUGUGGAACAUAAAAUUUCCCCCCCUGUCUAUUUAAUGCGAAGCACGAUCAUGUGACUAUGUACUCGAUUACAGUUGCGAAUGGUGUACUUCUGUAAGUUGGAAUUUCUAUAAUCUCUUCUUGUCCAGAAUACUGCUCGCUAUUAUACACAAAAUUAUGUAAGUGCCAUCCUUUUAAAUAUAACACUUCGAACAAUAAAACUUUUUAUUAUUGUUCUGUUUUAUACAUUUCGCGUGUUCUUUCAUGCAGUUCACUCCCCAUGAAACCACCCAAAAAGUACUCAAUAUCAUACUCAAAAUCAGACAUCAUUCGCUAGAAAUGCAAGUUACGAUGUAGCGUUCAGCUCUUUCUGCCUAUAAUUUCAUACUAUUAGAGCUUUCAAAUAUAAACUCAUGCCUCGAUUUACGCGGUACUUUUUAUAUGCGGCGUUUUCUUUAAGGGGAUGCUGGAGUGAUUCUGCACUUUUGC